CUUUCUAGGACACACAAUCACGCCCAAAAAUGAUUAGUAACGCUUUAUCUUUAGUUUUUUUCACCUCCAUCCUCCUAAUCUAUUCAGGCCAGAUAACAGAUGGACAAUCCCAAUGUGCUUUCUGUAUUGCACAUCCAAAUGCCUCAGAUGUUGUAAUACAACAAAAGCUAGAUUAUUUUUGUGGAACAAAUCCAGCAUCUUGUGCACUUAUACAACCAGGACAACCAUGUUAUGUGGCUAAUGAUCUCAAGACAACUGCUUCUUAUGUCUAUGAUUAUUGGUUUGUUGCUGGUGCUGAUUGCAAUUUUGAUGAUACUGGACUUCAGACUAACCAAGAUCCAAGUCAUGGAGACUGCAAAUUCUUGACGAAAAAUUGCACAUCAGGAUCGAUGAAGUCAUGGAAUACCGCAAAAGUUUCUCUUUAA